AUGUUGAAAGGACUGCUAAUUUUCGGUACUGGAGUCUAUACAGGAGUUUAUAUAGCACAAAAUUAUCAGGCUGCUGUUGAUCUAGUUUGUAAGGAAACGACUCAGGCUUGUGACAAUGCCAUGGAUAAAAAGAAAUGGUUUAUAGAGAAAGUAGAAGAUCCAAAGGUCUUAUUUGAAAAAGCACAGGCUUUCAUUAAAGCAAAAUUGGAUGAAUUUAAUGAUAACAAGAAAGGAGGAAAAGAU